UGCUCUGUUGUGCAGUGGCACAAUCUCGGCUCACUGCAACCUCCACCUCCUGGAUUCAAGCGAUUCUCCUGUCUCAGCCUCCUGAGUAGCUGGGAUUACAGGUGCCCACCACCACACCUGGCUAAUUCUUGUAUUUUUAGUAGAGAUGGGGUUUCACCAUGUUGGCCAGGUCAAACUCCUGACCUCAGGUGAUCUGUCCACCUCGGCCUCCCAAAGUGCUGGGAUUACAGGCAUGAACCACCGCGCCUGGCUCUGAUUUUUUUAAAUCAUCAUUAUUUUGAGGCAGAGUCUCACUCUGUCGCCCUGGCUGGAGUGCAGUGGCGCCAUGAAGGCUCACGGCAGCCUCGACCUCCUGGACUCCAGCAAUCUUCCCACCUCAGCCUCCUGAGUAGCUGGAACCACACAACAUGUACCACUGUGCCCAGCUAAUCUUUAUUUUUUGUAGAGACAGAGUCUCACCACGUUGCCCAGGCCUCAGCCUCUUAAAGUGUUGGGAUUGCAGGCAUUGAGUGUGAAGUGUUGAACAGCAGCUCAGGGAGGCCAACCAGGUCCAGGAAACCCCGUCCCUGCUGCCUCCACUGGUCCAGAGCUAGUACCCCCAGCCAGCAUGACACUCACCCAGUCCUAGACAUUGUGGGUCAACAGAGAGAAAUUCAGAUAGCUAAGAGAAUGGAAGCGGACAAAGGAGGCACAGGAGGAUUCCGUGCCAGAGUCUGGAUUGGUCACCCCCAUUCAGGCUCUGCCUGAGGAAAGGAGAAUGGGGUCCGGGCACAGUCAGCUGGACGGAGCGUCUGAAGACGGCUUGCACCAGAGCGCUCCGUGGCUGAAGGGAGAAGCUAGGGGAUCUGUCUUAGAGGGGCCAGGUGCAGAGAAAGGCAGAAAUCCUAGUAAUGUUCCCAGCGAUCGCUGCCUGUCGCAGAGUGCUGGAGGGCCAAGUGUUGCUCUGAGUUCUCAUCACACGGGACCUCAUUUAGUCUCACGAUAGCUCCCAGGAAGGACCCUGUUGCUAGUGUGGAGCAAAGACGAGUCAAGUUUAUGGGCUGGAAGUCCUACCCGGAGGCUGCUCACUGAGCUGUGAUGGCUACAAGGACAGAUGGGGGGAAGGGCGCAGCGUGCCUGAGACCUGGCCCGCUGGAGCCUGUCACCUAAUGGCUGGCUGGAAGACCACCACACACCAGCCAGCCCUCGUCCAUUCUCUCAUUUAGGGGCCUCCCCGGUGGAGGCAGGGAUACACAAAAUGCUUUGGGGCUGGAUGGGCCCGCCUUUCAGUCUAAACAAGAGACCUAAACAACAGCUGCCCAGAAAAGGCAGAUACCAGAAAUGGAUAAAGCUGGCUGGGUGGGGACUGUCCGAGGAGCAGCCAGCAGUGAGCUCCGGCUGGUUGCUAUCAUAUAGGACAUAUGUGUUGCCAGACCUGAAUUUUCAAUAGAAACCAAAGAUAGCUUUUUAUAUAGUUUAAUUGGCAAUUAAUUGAAAAAUUCUGUGUAUCAGCGAACAUGAUACAGCCCACAGCCUGCGGGUCUGCGCCCCUGGAUUAACAUGCCACCCUGCCAGGAGGACACGACCUGCAGCCCCAUCCUAACUGUGGCCACCCCAUCCUGCAGACAUGCCGGCUGCCGCUCCAGGACUCCCCUGUCCCCAGGACCAAGAUGACGCCCAACAGCACUGGCGAGGUGCCCAGCCCCAUUCCCAAGGGGGCUUUGGGGCUCUCCCUGGCCCUGGCAAGCCUCAUCGUCACCGCGAACCUACUCCUAGCCCUGGGCAUCGCCUGGGACCGCCGCCUGCGCAGCCCGCCUGCUGGCUGCUUCUUCCUGAGCCUACUGCUGGCUGGGCUGCUCACAGGUCUGGCAUUGCCCACGUUGCCAGGGCUGUGGAACCAGAGUCGCCGGGGUUACUGGUCCUGCCUCCUCCUCUACUUGGCUCCCAACUUCUCCUUCCUCUCCCUGCUCGCCAACCUCCUGCUGGUGCACAGGGAGCGCUACAUGGCAGUCCUGAGGCCACUCCAGCCCCCUGGGAGCAUUCGGCUGGCCCUGCUCCUCACCUGGGCUGGUCCCCUGCUCUUUGCCAGUCUGCCCGCUCUGGGGUGGAACCACUGGACCCCUGGUGCCAACUGCAGCUCCCAGGCUAUCUUCCCAGCCCCCUACCUGUACCUCGAAGUCUAUGGGCUCCUGCUGCCCGCCGUGGGUGCUGCUGCCUUCCUCUCUGUCCGCGUGCUGGCCACGGCCCACCGCCAGCUGCAGGACAUCCGCCGGCUGGAGCGGGCAGUGUGCCGCGAUGAGCCCUCGGCCCUGGCCCGGGCCCUUACCUGGAGGCAGGCAAGGGCGCAGGCUGGAGCCAUGCUGCUCUUCGGGCUGUGCUGGGGGCCCUACGUGGCCACACUGCUCCUCUCAGUCCUGGCCUAUGAGCAGCGCCCACCACUGGGGCCUGGGACUCUGUUGUCCCUCCUCUCCCUGGGAAGUGCCAGUGCAGCAGCAGUGCCCGUGGCCAUGGGGCUGGGCGAUCAGCGCUACACAGCGCCCUGGAGGGCAGCUGCCCAAAGGUGCCUGCAGGGGCUACGGGGAAGAGCCUCCCGGGACAGUCCCGGCCCCAGCACUGCCUACCACCCAAGCAGCCAAAGCAGCGUCGACCUGGACUUGAACUAAAGGAAGGGCCUCUGCUGACUCCUACCAGAGCAUCCGUCCAGCUCAGCCAUCCAGCCUGUCUCCACUGGGCCCUACUUCUCUGGAUCAGAGACCCUGCCUCUGUUUGACCCCACACUGACUGAAUAAAGCUCCUCUGGCCA